CCGAGGCGUGCAGCCUAAAAGCCAUUUUACACGCCUCCAGAGCAACCAGACCAACAACAUCCCAAGAAAACCCAGAAAUCUUCAACACCCCCCUCCCUUAGCCGAUCGCCAUGUCAGGAGGACCCAUCUCUCAGGACUGGGAGCCCGUCGUCAUCAGGAAGAAGGCGCCCAAUGCCGCCGCCAAGAAAGAUGAGAAAGCCGUCAACGCCGCUCGCCGCUCCGGAGCUGAGAUCGAAACCCUCAAGAAAGCUACUGCUGGGACAAAUAAAGCUGCCUCCAGCAGCACUACUUUGAACACGAGGAAGCUUGACGAGGAAACGGAGAACCUUGCUCAUGAACGGGUGCCAAGUGAGCUGAAAAAAGCUAUCAUGCAAGCUCGAACUGAUAAGAAGCUUACCCAGGCUCAACUUGCUCAGAUCAUCAAUGAGAAGCCUCAAGUGAUCCAAGAGUACGAAUCUGGGAAGGCGAUCCCAAAUCAGCAGGUGAUUACCAAGUUGGAGAGAGCUCUUGGAGCGAAGCUGCGUGGAAAAAAGUAAGGAAGCCUGGAAAGAAAAGGAAGCCGAGCGUGCGAUAUGAAUUUAAGUUUGAACUGAUCUGUUGCACUGCAAUCUGUAGUUGAAGUUUGGGCUAAUGCGCAGCACCUCAUUUUGUAAUCUUUCAAAGGUUGUGUGUCUGGUGUAGAAUGUACCUUUGUGUUUUCUAAGAAUAAUUCCUCGAAUGAUGAGUUUGCGAACAAUUUCAGCUAA